AUGGCAGACCCUCUCUCAAUCCUCCAAACAGUCGACCUGUGCUUCAAAUGGGGCGGAAUAUUGAUCGAAGUAUGCUCUGCAUUUGUUCAUGCGGAGAGAGAACUCGUUGAACAAGUGGUCCGCGUGAGAAACUAUUGGGUACGUGCUGAGGUUCAAUUGAAGCUGGUUCGAAGCAUUGCCCACACGCUGGAGGAGGAGCACCAGAAAAUCCAAAACGAGACGUUGGAUGUGCUUGCAAACAAACUGAAGAUUACGGUGGGUAUUAUCAAGUCAGUCACCAAGGAUGAUAGUGUACGGCGUGCCAAAUAUGCGUUGCUCCAGAAGAAGAUCGAGAACGCAAUCCGUGAACUCGAGGGUUGGCAGCAGAUGUUUGACCCUUCCUGGUACUUGAUUAUGAAGGCGGCAACCUCUCAAAUUGAUUCCGAACUGAAGAUGUAUAACAAAUCGGCCUCUCCCGAUACCGUUGCUCCCAUUUCCUCGGCGCAGGCGCUGAGACGUGCUUUGAAUCCCGAGCCAGCCAGCACCGUGCCCAUCUUUCUCCAGGCAAAUGGGCUGGAGUCGCUUCAAAUCCGGCAUAUACCUUUCUGUUCUGCGCAGCUGGGAAUGCGAAAUGAUCCCACCAAGUCUCUGAUCUUAGAGAGGUUCGACAUUGGACCAGGAGGUAAUGUGAAACAGGUCGAGAGAGACGUCCGAGAUUUGGCCAGGAAGCUCACCAACUGCAACCCUCUUGAGUUUGGCCUGUUCAACUGCAAAGGAGUAGUUAAGCAUUACGAUGGAGGCAUAGCCCCUGACUUACCUAGUGCAUUCACUUUCAUCUUUCGAAUGCCGCCUGGAUUUUCGGGGCCUCGCAGUCUGCGUAGUUGUCUUCAGGGGACGAGAACAUCCGACUCGCUUUCAGAUCGGUUUAGGCUAGCAAACGAGCUCGCAAGAUCUGUCGGCUACGUUCAUACGUUUGGGUUUGUUCACAAGAACAUUCGUCCCGAGACAAUCUUAGUCCUGCAAAGGAAUGAAGAUUCGUCAACCGACUCUGCAUUCCUUCUUGGCUUUGAUAGUUUCCGCACCGCUGAAGGCAAGACAUCACGCAGCGCCAAUGCCGCCUGGGAAAGAUGUCUAUACCAGCACCCCAGUCGUAUGGGUUCGGUUGCGAAGGAGGAUUAUAUUAUGCAGCAUGAUAUAUACAGUCUAGGCGUCUGCCUGUUGGAACUGGGGAUGUGGGAGUCGUUUAUAGAAUACGACAGCAAGGGAGGCAUCUCUCCUACUUCUCGUCUGGGAGAAGAGAUUUCCCCUCAGCUAUUCAAAGAAACUUUGCUAUCUAUGGCUCGCAGAGAACUAAAGAGCCGAAUGGGGACCAUGUACUCUGAGGUCGUCGAGACAUGCCUGACGAGUCUGGAUCCGGGCAACGCGGAUUUUGGCGACGAGAGUGAGUUUCAAGAUGAAGAUGGGAUACAGGUGGGAGUUCGGUAUAUUGAGAAGGUUACAAUGCGACUCAGUAACAUCUCCGUUUGA